AAACACAAAACAAGGGAGCUCCAUUUAGGGUUUAACACCAGCAGGGGUUUUGUGUGUUUCUCUGUAACAUUUUAUAAUUAAUCAUGUUAGCAUUUCGAAAAGCAUCCGCUCGUUUCAGGUCCGAACCUCUAUCAUCAGUAACUUUUCGUGCCUGCUAUACAAAAUUUGACCCAGCAAGCUCUAGUUACACCAGAAACACUGGUUUAAAAGAGCCUCUACCCCAUAUAUCUGAUAGAUCCUGGUUCAUAAAGACAUUUUCGUACCAGGCUCAUGGCACACAAAUCCCUUGUAUUCGGAAGCAUAGCUUUUUCUCCUUGUCUGGAACGAACAGUGACGUAGUUGAAAAUGAUGAUUUGAAGGAUGAUGUGAAGCAUGUUAAGCAUGAAACUCAAGCUGAUUUUCAUGAAUCUGUUUCUGAGACUUCUGAAUCUGAGUCUGAUAUAUCUGAAUGUGAAAAUGAGCUAGAUUUAUCAGAUAUUGAGGAAGAGGCAGCGGGAAAUAAUGGUGAAGCAAAGACCGCCUCUUCAGUAUUGUUUAAGGUUAUUGUGGAUUCACCAUUAGGUUCUCUCGGUAAGGCUCUAGAUAAGUGGGUUGAAGAAGGACAUGACUUGUCUAAAUCAGAAAUAUCACAUGCAAUGUUUGAACUUCGAAGGCGAAGGAUGUAUGGAAAAGCUCUGCAGCUCUUAGAUUGGUUGGAAUCACACAGAAAGUUAGAAUUUGGGGAAAGGGAGUAUGUGUCUCGUGUCGAUUUAAUUGCCAAAGUACGUGGAAUAAAUAAGGCAGAAAGCUAUGUUGAGAAAAUCCCGGAGUCAUUUAAAGGUGAAAUAGUCUAUCGAACCCUCUUAGCUAAUUGUGUUCUCAACACUUACACAAAAAAAGCUGAGCAAAUCUUCAAUAAAAUGAAAGACCUCAAUUUGCCCCUCACCUCCUUUACUUGUAACCAGUUACUCCUUUUGUACAAGCGAACUGACAAGAGAAAAAUAGCUGAUGUGUUAUUAUUAAUGGAAAAAGAAAACUUAAAACCGUCACUCUUCACUUACAUAGUGUUAAUAGAAACAAAAGGCCAGUCCAAUGACCUUAUUGGGAUGGAGAAAAUUCUUGAAACAAUGAAGUCUGAGGGGUUAGAACCAGAUUUAAGAUUGCAGACAGUAUUAGCUAAACAAUAUGUCUACGGAGGCAUGAAAGAAAAAGCAAAAGCGGUUUUAAAGGAAAUUGAAGGAAAUGAUUUGAAUAAAAAUCGAAGGGCAUGCCCAUCUUUACUUACCAUUUAUGCGUUACUUGAAAGUGUGGAUGAUGUUACAAGAGUUUGGGAGGUGUGUCAAUCAAAUCCUCGUUUAUACGAGUGUAUGCAGGCUAUUGAUGCCUUUGGGAAACUAAAGAAAGUUGAGGAAGCUGAGGCUGUGUUUGACCAAAUGUCAAAGAAAUGGAAGAAACUCUCGGCUAAGAAUUACACUUCAAUGCUAAGAGUGUAUGCAAACAAUAAAUUGUUAUCUAAGGGGAAAGAUAUCGUGAGGCAAAUGAGUGACAAUGGCUGUCGUAUCGGGCCUUUGACGUGGGAUGCUUUAGUCAAACUUUAUUUAGAAUCAGGAGAGAUUGAAAAAGCGGAUAUGGUUUUGAACAAGGCUUCACAACAGAUUCAAGUGAAGCCGAUGUUUGUGACUUAUAUGAUGAUUUUAGACCAGUAUGCCAAGCAAGGGGAUGUACACAAUGCUGAGAAAAUAUUUCAUAGGAUGAGAAAGGAUGGUUAUGUUUCGAGGUUUAGGCAGUAUAAUUCUCUUUUGCAGGCAUAUAUUAAUGCUAAAGUUCCGGCAUAUGGCUUUAGAGAGAGGUUGAAGGCUGAUAAUGUGUUUCCAAGUAAAUUGCUGGUGUCACAGCUUGCUCAGGUAGACGCGUUUAAGAAGACUGCAGUGUCUGAUCUGCUUGAUUAACAAGGUAGUAACUAAUAACCACCCAUUGAUAUGCUUAAAGGGGUGUUCGGUUUCUAGGUGUUGGAGGCUGAAAUAUGAAAUUUAGAAUUUCUGUCUGAAAUAGGAUUUUGAUGAGACCCUCUGAAAUCUGAUGUAGAACCAUUGGGUUGGAACUAUUCACCCACUCGUAUUACCGUACAUGUAUUAUUUGUUUUUCACUUUUUCUUUUAAAUCAUAGAGACUUUGCAAUCCAACUUUUGAAGCA